AUGUCAUUGUUUCUUACCUUUCUAUAUUUGGCGUUCAUAAGUAUCAUCCGUAGAGCUUACUCCUUUUCUGGGCCAAAUUCAACAAAUUCUGGUGCGGAGGGUUUAGGCAAUAAAAACAGUGGCCACUUGAAAGGGCCAGUUGUGGAGGAGUUCACUUUUCCUGAAAGAUCAACUUCCUUCAUCAGUUGUCAUGCUUCUACCAUUGUUGAGGUUGGGAAGGGCCAUUUUUUGGUUGCCUAUUUCGGGGGCUCAUCUGAGGGGGCACCAGAUGUAAAAAUAUGGCUGCAGACUUAUAAGAAUGGCAGAUGGAAAUCACCCAUAAUUGCUGAUGAAGAAUCAAAUGUUCCAAUGUGGAACCCUGUACUGUUCAAACUUCCAUCAAAUGAGUUACUGCUGUUCUACAGAAUAGGCCUAGAUGUUCAGAAGUGGAGUGGAUUCAUGAAACGCUCAAAUGACAAAGGAAUUACCUGGACAAAAAGAGAACAACUUCCUCCUGGUAUAUUAGGACCUAUCAAGAAUAAGAAAAUGGUGACCUACUGUGUGGAUCUUCUGUUGAAAGCUGGAACUCCUGGGGAGCAUGGGCAGAGGUGUCUUAUGGAACGAGAUCUUAACUUUGGCAGGACAUGGAGAAAGCAUGGCCCAAUUUUCAUUGAAAACAUACCUCUUGGUGUGAUUCAGCCAGUACCAUACCUGACUGAAAAGAGGACACUGCGUGUUUUGCUUAGAUCCUUUACUGGCCUUGGUAGAGUUUAUGUAUCAGAAUCCUCUGAUGGUGGCAAAACUUGGGGGUAUGCAAGACCUACACAACUCCCCAACCCAAACUCAGGUAUAGAUGGAGUUAAGCUGAGAGAUGGCCCAAUAUUGCUUGCUUAUAAUACAAUUUCAAGGGGUGUGCUUAAACUUGCUCUCUCCGAGGAUGAUGGUGAUUCCUGGCAUGAAGCACUUACAUUGGAGGAUACAUUAGGAAUGGAAUUCUCAUAUCCUGCUGUUAUCCAAGCUAGUGAUGGACUAAUACAUAUCACCUAUACAUAUAAUAGGACACAAAUAAAGUCCAAGGUGAUGCAAGCCAACUAG